AUGAGUAAAUCCACUAAAUCUUCCAAAACCCAACAAUUGAGCAAAGAACAAUUGAUCGAGGCGAUACGCAAGAAAAAGGAAUGUAAUGCUCGGGCCCAGGCCAUUGUGGAGUCACUGUUGGAGCGCAACAUCAAUGAAGAUGAAUUUCUUAGAAAGCUGAAGGAUAUAAAUCAAUGUCAUUAUGAUGAUAUUGUGGAUGAGAGAAAUAUUCUGCACUUAUGUUCAUAUCCAUUGUGUGAUGAAGUUUUGGAAAACGUUCCCACAAAACAAUAUCAAAUCUCCACGGCAACCAAUAAAGUUUAUGACAUUACGGAUCGUAAGAAAUUCUGCAGCACCAAAUGUUUCAAGGCUUCGGAAUAUGUUAAAUCACAAAUGUUAACAAGUCCACUGUGGAUGAGACAUCAGGAGAUAAUACCGGAAUUUAAAUUACUAAAAUUAGAUGAUUGA